AUGAACGGCAUGAAUGGCGCCAACAUGGGCGCCGUCAUGCCCGCGCCCACGCCGGCCGGGCACCAGGCCGAGCUCAACUACAUCUACGGAAUGGUCGAGGAGCUGAGCCGGCAGCUCGCAGACAACCGAAAGGUCACCGAGGACAUUGUCAGUGGGCUGGGGCGGGUGCGCAACAAGGCAAAGGCGCAGGGGCUGGGCAACGACGAGAUGAUUUCGUCUGCGGCCGACGACAUCAACGCCCAGGAAUCAAAUCUCGACACCAUCAUCUCCGAACUCUCAGAGUCCUUCGACAAGGCCAAGCACAGCCGCGACGCCAACGCCGCCCUCCUCUCGCAGUACGCAAACGCCAUAUCCCUCAUGCUCAAGCAGUUCCACGAAUACAAGUCCAAGCACGUCGCCGACGUCGCCUCCUGGCACCGCUCCUACCGCGCACAGCUCGACGAGGCCCGUCGCGAGAACAGUCGCCUGCGCGAGCAGAUAUGGGAGAUGCAGACCCACGCCGGCCGUGCAAACGAGUCGCUGCGCAAGUUUCGACGCAAGUACGAUGAGGAUGAGGAGAGGUUUGCGAAGCGCGUGGACGAUACCGCUCUGCGACAGGAGUUGCGCUUUUGGAAGCGCAUGGCGAUGCCGGAGCUGGAAGACGACGAUCCGUAUUGGAGCGGGGAUGACGACAUCAUUGACGAGGCGGAGAAGGAGAGGCUGAGAGAGCUGGAAUUGCGGGCGGCGCAGGAGCAACACAUGGUUGACAGUCAAGGCGAAGAUAGCGAUGAACAGCAUCACCUGUCGUCUAUGGGCAUGAUGGGUGGGAUUGCCAUGCAGAGGGAAGACUCAAACGGCCAGACACUGCCAAUACCGCCUCCUCGGCCUCUCAGUGCGGCGUCCAGUACGGGGUCAACGGGUAGAUGA